AUGCAGAAUGCGGGGCCUGUGCGGUCGCACAGCCCGCACGGGCCCAGGGACGCCCCUGCCGACUGCUUCAAGCCCGGCGUCCUGGUCGGGAACACGCUCUACUGGCUGAUCCGCCACCGCGGCGGCGGCGGGUUCCUUCGGUUCGACGUGGACCGCCGGAGCCUGGCCGUGAUCCGGGUGUCGGAGGACAUCCCUGUUCCUGACGGCGCUCACGUUCAGGCUCUGCGGGCGCAGGACGAUGGAGGACUUGGCCUCGCGGGCCUGGCGAAGCGGAGGAUCCAGCUCUGGGGGAGGACGGCCGUUUCCGGCGAUGUGGUCGGAGGGGUGCUGCAGAAAACCGUCGAGCUCGACCAGCUCCUCUCGCUGAGGCCGUCGACGAACGUGCACGAAGCAUCCGUCGUGGGGUACGAUGAGGAUACCAACACGACCUUCCUCUGGACGAGUACGGGCGUCUUCAUGAUCCAGCUCGAGUCGAUGGAGUUCAGCAAAGUUUCUGAAGAAACCUGCAUCCGUGGCUAUUUUCCCUUCUCGAGUUUCUGCACUGCUGGUAAUAUAUAG